GGGCCGACUCAGGGCAGAUUUUAAUUCUUGGGACGAGAGAUGGAGGAACUGGAGCAAAAGGGUGCAGGGCAGCCGGCCUGACCAGGCCACCCCCGCUGCCCCGCGGGUGCUAGCGGCAGGGUGCCGAUGUGCACGUCCCACCCAGGCUUGCUGCCCAGCCGGGGGGACCUGCGGGUGUGGGGGACACAGGGGACACCCCAGUCCAAGCGUCGCACGGAGGGCUUGGCCAUCGUGUGCUGGCGGGGAAAAUGAGCGGGCACGGGAAGCGGGCACGGCGGAGGGUCUGGGGACCUUCAUCCUUUGCAUGGGGGGGACGCGGUGCCCACCAGCAGCAGCCCCGAGCGGUGGCAGCAUCGCCGAGGGCUGGCGGGGUGCAGGCAGACAUCCCCGCCCCAGGGGCCCCGGGCAGGGCAGCAGCUUCGUGGAGGGUUUCCUUCCUCCUGUCCCAGCCUGCGCACCCGCCAGCCACCCUGAGACGAGCCGCGCGCUGCAAGCACCUCUCAUGUGACCGCCGGCUUCCUGUGUGCUUCCCGGCCUCGGUGCCGGUGUUUCGGUACGUGCCGUGCCAGGCGCUGCCCAAACGCUGCACCCUUGCCGCCGGGCCCCAGCACCAUGCUGCGCCGCAAGCCCUCCAACGCUGGCGAGAAGGAGCCGGGACACAAGAAGCUCUCCCUCCAGCGCUCCAGCAGCUUCAAGGACUUUGCCAAGUCCAAAGUCAGCUCCCCUGUGCCGAGCGAGAAGGAGUUCAACCUGGAGGAGAACAUCCCUGAGGAUGAGUCCAGCAGCGCCAGCCCUGAUGAUGCUGCACGGAGCAGCGGGAUGAAGCUGGGCAAGAAGUGGCGGGCCGUCAUCUCCCGCACCAUGAAUCGCAAGAUGGGCAGGAUGGCCGUGAAAGCCCUGGCCGAGGGGAAGCAGGGAGACGUGGAAGAGGAGGGGUCCCUGUGCUCCCUGUCCCCAGCCAGCACCAUGGAGGAGCUGAGCCACGAAAAGAUGUCCCUGUCUUACCUGGAGAUGGAGGAAGAUGGGCACCCAUCCCUCAGCCGCCAGCUGUCCAGCGGCAGCGAAGUCUCCAGCCCUGGGGGCAGCAACCGGGACAGCCUGCGGCUGGAGGAGAGCGGUCCAGCCUACACCGGCCCCUUCUGCGGCCGAGCCCGUGUCCACACCGACUUCACACCCAGCCCUUACGACAAGGACUCGCUGAAGCUGCGGAAAGGGGACAUCAUCGGCAUCAUCGAGAAGCCACCCAUGGGCACCUGGACCGGGCUGCUCAACAACAGGGUGGGCUCCUUCAAGUUCAUCUACGUGGACGUGAUCCCCGAGGAGACAGCCCCUGCCCGCAAGAGCCGGGGCCCCGGCAAGAGCAAGCGACUCAAGCCCAAGACCCUCCACGAGCUGCUGGAGCGCAUCAACCUGCAGGAGCACACCUCCACCCUGCUGCUGAACGGCUACCAGACCCUGGAGGACUUCAAGGAGCUGCGGGAGACCCACCUCAACGAGCUGAACAUCACGGACCCCCAGCACCGUGCCAAGCUGCUCACGGCUGCCGAGCUCCUCCUGGAUUACGACACAGCGAGCGAGCCGGAGGAAGGCGACAACUCCGACACCCAGCCUUCGCCCUCGGACCCCAAGGGGGACAUUCCCCGGGACUCGGGCUGCUUCGAGGGAUCCGAGACCCUAGACAGCAGCCGGGACGAGGCCGAGCUGGGGGGUCCCGAGGGGCAGCUGCAGGCUCUCUCCCUGGCAGAGUCCUCCUGAGCCGGCCCUGCCUGCUGGCACUGCCCCGCCGACGGAUGCAGCCCACAGCUGCUUCCCACCCUGGCCUGGGAGCAGGUCCGGACUGGAGGGGACGGCUGCUCGCAGGGGAAGCAGGUGAGCCCCAGCACAGACCCCCUGCGCUGCAGGCGGGCGCCGCGUGGCUGCAGGCAGCUCAGCCCUUGGUCCCCCGAGGCCGCCCCGUUCACUGCCCCCAGGACACUUUGCACCGCGACGCCCCGCGCCACUGCCCCGACGCGGGUGCUCCAGCCAGCCUGCGACAUUGUGCCCCCCGCCGAGACGCCGCGGGCCUGGAUUGCCUCUCCUGGGUUUGCCCCACUUCAUCCACAGCUUUAAGAGCUCCUCCCGGAGCCCUGGCCGGCUGGGCCAGGCACACAGGAGCCUGCAAGGGCAGGGGGACUGCGGCAGGCAGGGACAGAGCAAACCUGGCGCUGAGCAGCCGGGUGCGAGAGCACAGAGCUCCCACCGAGCCCAGCUGCUCGGCUGCGGGGAGGACACCCGCGCUGCCUUCCUCCUGCAUCUUCCUCGCACAGCCAGGGCAGGCAGGGAAAGGUUUAGUGGAAAGUUGGGGGGGGGGGGGGGGGGGAAGAGGUUCAGCCAAACCGAGAGCAGCCCAGCAAGGGCACUACGAGCCCCCCCUCAGCCUAAGGGGACCCCCAAAGGCUGCCUGCAGCUUGCCACCAAGCCUGGUCCGGGGGCUACGAGAGGCAGCUGGAGAGACCACCCGCAGGCAGAUGGGCUUGGUGGGGUGAGGCUGAGCCGGCAGGACAGCCCCUUCCCCACUGCCAGACCCCCCAAAGCACCGGCCACCCCACGCACCCCCCCAGGAAGAGGCAGGGGAGCUGCAGCCCAGCCGGGCCCACAGAGCCUCCCUGCGUGGGCAGGGGCCGGCGGGGGAAGGCGUCCGUGCGGGAUGUGGGGCAGCCUGGAACCAACGGGCUGGUCCCUGCCUGGGGGUGCCCACCCCGGCCCCAGCUCCUGCGCUGCAGCAUUGGCCUUUGGGCACCCACUUUGCGCCUUUGUGCUCGAUCCCAAUAAAAGCAUGCAAGUCCAUUUCGCUCUGGCCUGAUUCCUACCUGCCAGGCAGGCUGGGGGGUGCUGGGGAAGGGUGCAGCGCCUGCCGGUAACCGAAAGCUUCCCAGGACGGUCCCUGGCUGCCCCCACCGGGACUUGUCACUGCUCAGCCCGGGCUGCAGCAUUUGCAGCAGACCCCCUUGCUUCACCCGCCGUGGGGGGACAGCCAGACACAAGGCAACGCCGGUAAGACACCCUGGAAGUGCAAGACAUAGAGGCUGGAAAGCCACAGGGAAGGGGAAAGAGGCAGCUGGCUUGGGGAGGCACAGACAGAGGCAGAGGCUACAGCUCAGCCAUUUUUCAAACGAAUUAAGGUUCCUUCAUUGUUUUAAAAUUAAAAAAAGAAGAAAAAGAAAAAGGAAACCCCAACCCUCACCCUACCCCCACUUCCUUCACAGAGAACCUGAACAGAGCAGACAGGAACCGCAGGUGCAGGCAGCAUCCGUGACAGCCCCAGCAGGCAGCACUCAACACACCGCGUUAGAAAAUAGAUUAGUAAAACAAAAAAAUACACUUUUUCACAACGAGUUUGAGAUUUGGUCAGUAGCGUGUUGGGGGGCUCCCGCCGCCAGCGGGGUGUGCAUGGGGCUGGUCGCAGGACCCCCUGCCCUGGGGGCACGGGCCAGGUCUGGCUGCAGGGCAGCAGCGAGCCGGGCAGCUCUGGUCCUGCCGGCGGUGGGGGACCGGGGCUCCUUCCCCGGUAAGCGCCGGCAGGGAGCAGCUGGCUCCGAACCUGCUGCCGAGCCCAGGGCGGCAGCUCUGCCCUCUCCCCCAGGAGAGGAGGCCCUGGCACGACAGGAGAGGGGGCAGCGCCGGUCGCCACAUCAAUACCACUUCACCCGCUGCCAGGCACAGCCCAGGUCUAUGCUGCGAGGGGCUGGGGAAGAGGAGCCAGGUGGGAGGCACACAGCAGGCUCCGGAGGGACAAGGGUCCUCGCGUCGCUCCGCUCCACGCCACUGUGGAAAGCGGGAUGGCAUGAGGCCAGGGGAGGAGCAGCAGCAACGCCACGCUGCCAGGCAGCAGCAUCACGCAGAAACAAGCAGGACUGCCCUGGCAGGACAUCCUCCACGUGCCCCCCUCGCCGCACGGAGGCACAGAAGCCCCCGGCACUCGCGGUACAGGAUGGAGAGCUGCCAGGGCACAACGUGGCCUGCCCUCCACCGCUGGCCUUCGUGGGGACCCCAUAGGCACGAGGCUCUUCCCAGCCCGGCUGCGGCACAGGCAGCGUUGCGGCGCAAGAGGAGCCCUGCGGCCGCACAGAGGUGUCCUGCUGCCGCCCGGCCCUGGCUUCUCCUCCCUCCUCCGCCAAGGAGGCGCAGAUGGCCGGCACCGCACAGCCAGUCCCAGGACAGCCGGCAAAGCCCAGGGAAGAGUCAAGGCUCUGAAAGCCAGCCGAGGACGGCAGAGAAAUGCAGGGCAAGGCAGGGGGGACACGGGGGACACGACACGACACAGAAUCGGGGCUGAGGUUCUGCAGAGCAGCGGCCAAGCUGUGUGCCACAGCCCGGCGGGCAAGGGGAGGGCAGGUCUGUGCUCGGCACAGACACCUGGGACCAAGCGCAGCCCCGGCACUCGCUAGAGAGCCAGAGGCACAGACAGACCCUCCCUGCAGCUUGAUACACCCCUUGCACAACCGCUCUGCGGCCAGCGUGGGGCGGAAACAAGCGGCAGGACAACAGGCCGCCCACCUCCUUCCCUCGAGCCCCCAGUUAGGCGUGAGCCCUGGGGAAGGACGGGAAGGAGGGCCCCCACCACGACUGCUCUCACGCCGGCCAAGUCACAUGAAAAGAAGGAGCACGAGAAGGAAGCUACUUUAAAAAUCGUUGCCUGCAGAACACCUUCCCGGUUGUUUUGGCCCUUUUGGCACCAAAAUGUCUCCUGACAACCCCUGCCACGUUAACCAAUAAAACAAUGCCACAGAUUAGAGGAAGGAGGGAGGAGGGGAGAGAGGACGCUACUGCCAUAAAUUGCUUUCCCCUUCCC